AUAAAACGGGGGGCAUGUCCAAGGAGGUCUUCCAGCACCUCCCCUUAAACCCUGAUCGCUAUUCCUCAAUGUUUACACAUGACGAAAAAGCAUAAAACCCUCAGAAAGAGGGACCGCUUUCAGCAGACCGGUUGAAGAUGGACAUGGAUCUUAUAUUGGGGACGUGUGUAAUUAGAGGACGCGCCACUGCAGUUCUGUAAGACACAGAGCCGUAGAUUACUUUUGCUUGCACACGCUGCAUCAGCACCACGGAUGGUACUGAACUCUCGGAAUCUAUGUAUAUGCUGUGUGAUAUAUAUCUCAUCUUUUGAUCAUUGCACAGAUUUUUAGUAACAAACAUGUUUAUGUUUAUUGGCACACUUGUCAUUUUUCUGGACGUCCUAUUAUACGCCAAAUUGAGCCAUUCUAUGGAAAAUGAUUUUUGUAUCCCCAUUCUACUAGAAGAUAGCCUUUCAGCAAAACACAAUUUUAGUAACGCGGAUGAAGCAAGUCAGCAGCGGGUUGUUUUUAAAAUCAACGCUUUCAACCAGGAAUUUUACAUCAAACUAUUCCCUGAUUCCAAUUUUCUCGCGCCUACCUUUUCUGCGCACAGCGGCACCUCAGCGCCUGAAUCCACGACAUCUGAUCUGAGCCGCUGCUUCUUCUCUGGCGAUGUGAAUUCUGAUCGCAAAUCCUACGCUGCUCUGAGUCUGUGUAAAGGCUUGCACGGUGCAUUUGGUUACAAGGGGUCGGAGUAUUUCAUCAGCCCUAUAGGUAAUGUCGCCACAGAAGGGACCCUCAGGAGCGCGGAGAAAGUGCAUGUUAUUCGCCGCAGAAGCAAUUCUCACCUCGCCUCCACUUCCAGGUGCGGUGUGAGUUCCGGUCUGAACCGUAACAUAUUGGACUUUUUGGAAAAAUAUAAAGGCAUGAAGGCACAGAAUAAAGCGAACAUGACUGAGACUGCGUUAAAGCGCAUGGGCAGAUCAAAACGGUUUGCAUCCAUCCCCAGAUUCGUGGAGGUCCUCAUCGUUGCAGAUGAGUCCAUGGCUAAGUUCCAUGGCGACGACCUUAAACAUUACCUCCUGACUCUCAUGGCCGUUGCUGCCAGACUUUAUAAGCACCCCAGCAUCCUCAACUCCAUAAACAUCGUGGUGGUGAAGUUUAUGGUUAUUACUGAAGCUGACAAAGGACCUAAAGUUUCUACUAAUGCAGCACUCACUCUGCGCAAUUUUUGCACGUGGCAGAAAAAGUUAAACAAACACAACGACAAGCACCCCGAAUAUUGGGAUACUGCUAUCUUAUUCACCAAGCAGGACUUGUGUGGUGCGACGACCUGCGACACCCUGGGCAUGGCAGACGUGGGCACCAUGUGCGACUCCAAGAGGAGCUGCUCUGUCAUAGAGGACGACGGCCUCCCGUCUGCAUUCACCACGGCCCACGAACUGGGUCAUGUCUUCAACAUGCCGCACGACAACGUGAAGGCCUGUGAGGAAGUGUUCGGGAAGCUGAGGGAUAAUCACAUGAUGUCUCCGACGCUGAUCCAGAUCGACCGCAACAACCCCUGGUCCGCCUGCAGCGCCGCCAUCAUCACCGACUUCCUAGACAGUGGCCACGGGGACUGUUUGCUGGACCAGCCGCAGAAGAGCCUGGCCCUCCCCGACGUGCUGCCGGGCAGCAGCUACAGCCUGAACCGGCAGUGCGAGCUGGCCUUCGGCACGGGCUCCAAGCCCUGCCCGUACAUGCAGUCCUGCGCCAAGCUGUGGUGCACGGGCAAGGCCCGGGGCCAGCUGGUCUGCCAGACCCGCCACUUCCCCUGGGCCGACGGCACCAGCUGCGGAGACGGCAGGCUGUGCGUCCGGGGAGCCUGCGUGGACAAACGCAACGCCACGAAGACCAGGGUGGACGGCCGCUGGGGAAAGUGGGGUGUGUUUGGCUCGUGCUCACGGACAUGUGGUGGAGGAGUACAGCUGGCUAAGAGGGACUGUACCAACCCCGUUCCAGCCAACGGGGGGAAAUACUGCCAAGGCGUGCGUGUCAAAUACCGCUCCUGUAACCUGGAGCCCUGUCCUGACACAGGUAAAAGUUUUCGCGAGGAGCAGUGCGAGGCCUACAAUGGCUUCAGCCUCAACACUAACCGGCUCGCUCCCACUGUGGCGUGGGUCCCCAAAUACUCAGGCGUUUCCCCCAAGGACAAGUGCAAACUCAUCUGCAGAGCCAACGGCACGGGCUACUUCUAUGUCCUCGCUCCCAAGGUCACAGAUGGGACACCUUGCUCCCCGGACUCCCCUGCAGUCUGUGUUCAGGGCAGGUGUCUCAGGGCUGGCUGUGAUGGAAAGCUCCACUCCAAUAAGAAAUUUGAUAAGUGCGGCAUUUGUGGAGGAGACAACCGUAGCUGCAGGAAGGUCUCAGGCCUGUUCACCAAGCCAAUACAUGGUUACAACUUUGUGGUGCUACUGCCGGUCGGCGCCUCAAACAUCGACAUCCGGCAGCGUGGCUACAAGGGCCUGGUCAACGACGACAACUACCUGGCGGUGAAGGACGGGCGGGGCCGGUACCUGCUGAACGGGCAGUACGUGGUGUCGGCGGUGGAGAAGGACAUCACGGUGCGCGGCGGGCUCCUGCGCUACAGCGGGACGAGCACGGCGGUGGAGACCCUGCAGGCCACCAAACCCCUGCAGGAGGCGCUCACCGUCGAGGUGCUGUCCGUCGGCAAGAUGACCCCGCCCCGCAUCCGCUACUCCUUCUACGUCCCCAAGGACAGCAAGGAGGAGCGGACCCUGAAGAAGGAGGGCCGGGCCCACGCUCAGAACAGCGUGCUGCUGGAGAACAACAAGGUGGAGCUGAAGAAGCCGCGGACCCGGCUGACGUACAAGUGGACGGUGGGGGGCUGGGAGGAGUGUUCGGUGAGCUGCGGCGCCGGCCUGCAGAGGAGGCUGGUCCAGUGCCUGGACCCGCACGGGAAACCGGCCUCCGCCUGCGACCACGCCGAGCGGCCCAGCGCCAUGCGGGCGUGUGGGGACCCCUGCCCCCUCUGGAAUAUCGGAGAGUGGUCCCACUGCUCCAAGACCUGUGGGAAGGGCUUCAAAAGGCGGGUGCUGCGCUGCGUCACUCAAACAGGCCUUCUCCUGGCCCGGGAUCGCUGCACCAAUCAGAGAAAGCCUCAGGAGCUGGACUUCUGUGUCACGAGGCCUUGCUAACUCUAAGAUGGCCUUGGUCACUCUGACGAGGGUUUGUUAACUCUAAUGAGGGUUAGUUAACUCUAAUGAGGAUUGGUUAAUGGUAACUAGGCCUUGAUCACUCUAACAAGGCUUUGUUAACUGUAAUGAGGAUUGGUUAAUGUUAACGAGGCCUUGAUCACUCUAACAAGGCUUUGUUAACUCUAAUGAGGAUUAGUUAAUGGUAACGAGGCCUUGCUAAUUCUAACCAGGGUUUGUUAACUGUAAAGAGAAUUAGCUAAUGCUAACAAGGCCUCGAUCACUCAAGGCUUUGUUAACUCAUGAGGAUUAUUUUUAUCUCAGGCUCUCUAAUUCACAAAAACUUUUUUUUUUCUAUCUGGCAAACAACGGCAAAGAAAAACAUAAAUGUUAACGACCCAGAACUGCAAGUGUUCUGGGGCCUCUGCCUGCAACAGGGAGACAUGGAGAGGAAAUCCUCUCUGAGCCUAAGAGCAUGAGAAGAGAGAGCGAGAAAAAAGAACGAGAUGAAGUGAGGUACAGACUGAUUUCAACGAUACAGGGUUGGAGUCGACAAAAUUCUACCUCCAGUAGAACCUCAAAUAAAUGAAAACACACAAACACAUACAAACACACAUAUGAUGUGUUUAUAUACGUGUGUGUGUAAAAAAAAAUACAAGAGUUUAAAACAACAAAAUGCAAGGAAAAAAGCUGUCUCUGGAUUUACAGGAAUGCUGGACUUUAAACAAAACACAUUUUCUGACUGACAGCUGUCCCAUGGCUGGCCUUUUCUCCACGGACUCUAUAAAUAUUUCCCUCUGAAUAUUUCCCCAAUGUUGUCCCCAUUAUAUCUAUAAAUGUCCUCUGAGCAUUUUCUCCACUGAAUCUGUAAACCUGGUUUUCAGGAUACAAACUUUAUUUUGCCUUUGGAAUUUCACUAGAAAAUUAAGCAAACAUAAUGUGCUUAAUAAGCAUUAGGUAGAAGCAGUCGAAGUAUACAGCACUAAUAACAAUAAAAAUAAUAAUAAUAAUGCAGAACAAAAAUGUAAAGUCCAUAACAUAACUCCACAAAACACAACAUGUGCAAUGCCCUUCUUUAUAAGAUAGCACUGUGAAAAGUGAAAUGUAGUGCAUCAGCAUUCAUGCUCUAAGGGACUUGUCAUUCUCAGCUCAGUUUUAAUAUCAGCCACAUGUACCUAUCUGUUUGACUUUAUCCUCAAAGAUGGUCUGCACGGUCAUUUACAUGGACUCAAACUACCAUAAUGCACUGCAAAGAUUUUGUCUAUGAUAUCAGUGAAUCAUGUUAUAGGAGUUGUACUCCAAAUCAUAAGACUAGUUUGGCCAAGCAUAACAGAGCUGAAAAAUAUAAUUUAAAUUAUCAUUGGUAUAUAUUACUACUGCUAGAACAAUACCUAGUUAUGGCUUUGUUUUUAAACCUCAUGUUGAUUGAAAUUCCAAAUAAAAAUGACUCCGCAAUUUAGCUUUAUCUACUAAUGUUGUAGGCGUUAUAAUCCAUUUCAAUUUGGUGCUAAAUCCCAGCUCAGAACAACUGAGCUGUUCAACCAGUUUUGGUUUGGUAUAUAUAUUAGAUAUAUACGGUGUAACACUUUGGUUGUCUUCCCUUUAUAAAAUAUGUUUUUUUUUUAUUAUUAUUAUUUUUUGUACAGUUACCUAUUUUAAGAUUUGUACUUCCUUUUCCUCUCAUAUGUGUCACUCAGACAAGCAGUCUGAAAAAUAUUUUGUGAAGCAGAGGUGACCCUGUGUCUGAAAAUGCCAUUGUACUGCAAGAGACCAUUCUCAACAUUUCAACAUGACGUAGAUUACCCUGUGCCACAGAAUGAUCUCUACUUUCUGGUUCAUUUGUUUCUUUGUCACAUAUCCUGACAUGAAUGCCACUCCAUUGUUGAUGCAGAGUUGCUAGUUCUACAAUUUUUGUUUAGUGAGGCAAAGUUGUGCGAUGUAAAAUAUUUGUAUUGUUUUAUCCGUAAUUUCAGUGGUAAGGUUCAGGUUUAAUAGUUUCAGGCAAAAUAGACAACAUGCACAGCAUUUAAGCCAUACACUUUCAUUUGAAGGGAUUUGAAUAAUCAGCAAAUAUUCAGGUGAAAUGCAAAACAUUAUAAAAACAUGGGUCCUUUGGGCCCAAACUCCAGAUCACUGAUUCAAUCUUUCUCUUAUACAGUUUAAAUCAAACUGUAACAAUGCACUUCACAAUGUCAUGAACACUAAUGACCAGUCAUAUUUUGCUGAACUAUAAAUAUUCUAUUUAUUUCCCUUCCGUAUGUAUAAUGACAGGUGUUGGGAUUGCAGAUUUGAUUUGACAUAGUGUUGCUGGCUGAACCAAGCCAGAAACGCAGCUGCAAAUUACACAUGUCUGGUACAGCUCACACCAAAACAUAAGUUAUUAUGCUUAGAUACAGUAUGGUUAAAUUUAAAAAAGCAUGACUAUUGUGCUGUACUCGUCAUCCAUUUAUUUGGUUUUUCCACUGUAUGUUUUGAGCUCUUCUACCUUUUUUAAAGCCUGUAAUUUAACACAGCUCAUAUUCCUGUAUUUUCCGUCUUUUGUUUUUCCCCAUUUUUGGUUCGGAGGGACCGCCUGUUCCAUCUAAAAGAUGGUUCCUGUUUUAUGUCGAGUUUGUUUUUUGUCUUUUGUGCAUUAUGCAGGAAAGACAUACACACCUCUGUUUUUGUUGCAGCUGCAUAGUAUACUAUGUAUACACCCACCCAGCUGUGCACAAAUAACUAAUGUAAAUACCGUUUUUGUUUAUACUUAUGUUUUUUUAUUUUAUUUACUUUGACUUCAAAAGUAUUUAUUCCAAAUAAAGUCAUUUAGAAUUGAUUUUGCCAA